UUGAUUACAAUGCUUCCUUCACCCUGCAUGAGAACUGAUUAGGACCUCUCCUUAUCAGUUUUAUCGCAUUUCAAAUCUCUAUGUGUUUCUCCUUUUGGAGCUGUUGCAUUCAUCCCAGUUGUACUUCCUCUCUUAUCUCUCUCUCUCCUCAUUAAUUCUUUCCAACUCUGUUCUGUGGUAGCUGUCUACAUUUGAUAGACGAAGAAACCAUUCAAACCCUACUCAAAAUCAGUCCCAAAGCUGUAUUUUCUUUGACAUAACCUUAAAAUAAAUAUCUCUGUUUGACCCCUUUUGUUUUGGAUCUGCCGCUGCCUGCUGGUUUAUUGAAUUCUGCUACAACCCCCACCCUUUAUAAGUAUUGUUUCAUCGGGUUGUAGUGCUUUCGGCAUCUUCAGAAAAAGAAUGUACUCUUCUUGAUCUGAGAAGUUCGAUUCCAAGCACUAUGAGGGGCAUGGGAGGGGAGAUAGUGCAGGUCCAAGGAGGCCACAUCGUCCGUUCCACUGGGCGCAAGGACCGCCACAGCAAGGUCUACACUGCCAAGGGCCCCAGGGACCGGCGGGUCCGUCUCUCAGCCCAUACUGCCAUUCAGUUCUACGAUGUCCAGGACAGGCUCGGCUACGACCGGCCAAGCAAGGCCGUGGACUGGCUCAUCGAAAAUGCAAAGCCUGCCAUCGACAAGCUGGUUGAGCUUCCCCAAUGGCAGAAUAUUCCUGACAGUGCCGCUGCAGCUGGCGGCGGCGAUGAUGAUAACGGCGAUGUCUCCAUGAUGGAGAUACGAACUGCUGCAGAUUCCGAAGAACUCAAUAAUCUAGAGUCUUCUGGGUUCGUGCCAUCGCAGCAGCCACUUGAUUCUGUGAGCAACUCCAUGAUGGACAUGAUUUCGCAGAAAGAUCUGGGCUUGUCUCUUCACUCUUUCCAGCAAGCUCCAAAACGGCACGAGCAGACUGCCCCGCUCUUUGGAAGCUCUGCAGGUCCGGUAGGGUUCGGCUUCGAGGCCGGCAAUAACUACCCAAGAUCGGCAGCCAACUGGAGCAAUGACACAUGUACUGAGAACCGGGAUGACUUUUCGUUCAACCUGCAGCUGCCUCUACAGCAGCCUACUUCCGUAGGUCUUGGUGGCUACAACUUUCCGCAAAGGGGACCCCUUCAGUCCAGUUUCUCCACUGCAUUUCAGCAGUCGUUCAGCUUCGGUGGUCGCUUCGUGCCCGAUGGGUUCCCAGGCAUGGGAAUCCCGGGGCAAGUUCACGACGAGGAAGGAUCUGAUAAUGUUGGGUUACAGAAGCCGCCAUCAUCAUCAGCCUAUGCUUCUUUAAGCUCAUCAGGUCAUUCACUCAAGAGGACCUGACCCCAUUUUAUCUCUUAGGUUAGGAACUUGGCAUUGCGAAGGAUGAAUGAAUGAAGUUCAUCAAGUUGAUGCAGCAUGGGAAAAGACGUUCUUCCUAGUCAGGCCAACUCUGCAGCUUGGGGGAGGAAAGAGGGAAUGUCGGGUUGGAUGGACUGUUUUUUUAGGUUAUCUCUGCAUUUGAUUCCUCAUUCGGUUAUUCUAUGUUCCACCAUAUGCAACAUUUUUAUCAUUAUCAAUUUAUUAGCUAGCUAGACUCUCUGUCAUCAGCUUUGUAUGUGUUUUUUUUUUAAAUCUUGAUGUUUUUCAUUGCUUUGGAAAAGACCAACGCCAAGUUACCAGCUUGGAAUUCAAUGUCAUCUGAAACAUGUCUUCGUCUUCAACUUGUAAGUAGAAUAUUCUCUUGUUUUGCAUCUAACUGGCAAUAGAUAUGGGCCUCCCUCCCUCCCUUAACUUCUGAGGACAAGGUGAAUCUA